AUGAAAAUUUUGGCACUAGCCGUCGCCUUUCAAGGCUUGGCAUUGGUAUGCUGUACGGAUACAACAGACAAUUAUAACAAUUUUACGCAUAAUACAUCGACAUUUUACCGCAUAGCGGAUUAUGAUAAGAGAUUUUGGAGCGUAAAACUACCACCAGUGAAUUGGACUACUUGCGGUAAUGAAGAUCAUCCAUGGAUUACUAUCCACUACGACGAGAUUGAUAAACUCGUUGACGAUAAACUGGCAAGUUGGGACAAAGGACCUGUUCCCGAUCGUGAAGAAUUUAGGAACUCCAUCCUUAGACAAGCGAGAUGCGACCGCCCACAUUACUAG